GCGAAGGUAUAUAGGCUACAGUGCAGCAUACACAUGAAAAUGAGUAAUUUUAAUGGCAUGGGUUACGCAUUUGAGCCUGUGAGGGACAGGCCUGUAGUGUCUGACUACUACCACAUGGAGGAUGAUCAGUUUCCGGCUACACCUUUGGAUCGUUUGGGGGGGAGUGACUGGUGUGUGUGUGGGCGCUGCCGGAGCAUGGACACUGCAAUUGAAUCCAUCUGUUGCAGAGAGGUCAACCUGGACCAUUUACUGAUGGAUGUACAAUGCAUCACCAUGCAUAGGUCAUUUCGGAUGCUGUGUGGUGAGAGAGAGGUGUUGGAGGUGGCUAUGCUUUCUCUGAGGGAUGUCCAAACUGAGACGCUGGAGCGCCCUGUAAGUAGCAGGUUGACAGCUUACCAGCAGUUCACUCUUUGGGCGAGGGGGCAUUUGGGAAGGAGGAAUAGGAUUCCGAUCCCAUCCUGUGCUGUCAACUACAUCAGGGAUCUUUUCCCCUCAGCCCAAUAUCAAGGAUUCGAGUAUGCUUUGGACUUGUAAAUAAACGUAUUUCACACAAUAUGUCAGACGCGUCAUGUACUCAUUGACGUUUUCAACACCUGUCUCCCGUAAUGUCACUGAUAGUCUCUAUAAUAUAUUAAACACUAGAAAUCACGACUAUAAUAAUUUUAUUGACAAGGCAGGGGGUAGAGAGAAAGCUAGCUAAAUACAAGAAACAGCAAGCUAGCUUAACCCUUUAAGCGCCAAAGUCGCAAAUUUUGCGACAGGACGCUGUACUGAAUCAAACC